CCGCACUUCGACAUCUGCAAGUUCGACGACUACAACAAGUCGGACGCUUUGACAUGGUGGCAACGUUUCCUCAUGGAAGCGUCAUGCCGCACUGUCCCCGCGAACGACAUGUUGAAGGCACUCUAUUUGCAACUGAUUGGAGGAGCGCAGACAUGGAUGAACCACCUGGAGGCCACCCUUAAGUGCACCAUCGCCGAACUCCACACGCACAUCACGUGGAAGGAGUUCGAGCAGCUAUGGUUCACCCGGUUCAUGGUCCGCAACGUCGUGAAGGCGGCCAUGAAUGACGUGUACACAUGCUCUCAGGGGAACAUGCCAACUCGAGACUGGACAACGAAGUGGCAAAAGAUAGUGACCACGUCAGGAUUCGAUUUGAGUUUUCCAAAUCAACGAUCCGAGUUCUUCUCGCGAUCGUGCGCGGGAUUGCGGUCGGCACUCGGUAAUGAGUACGACUAUACCACAUUCCAGGCCAUUCUGGAUCGAGCGAACUUGGUCAUCCAAACGGACGACAAGACCGCUAACGAGAGACAAUCCCAACCGCAUUAUGUGGCUAAGCAGGCCUAUCAACGUCCGGCACAUAACAAUGCCGUAAUUUCCGAGGAAACGGAUGACCACCACGCUGCAGCAGCAUCCUCGGAUGAUGGAGGAAUUGUCGCAGGGCUCCCGCCGAAGCGUCCCAAGAGAGUUCGUAAGAACAAGGCGACACAAGAGACGGCAGCGACGGGAGCUGGGCAGCAGCCAUGGACGGCAUAUAAGAUCACCAAGGAGGUCUAUGACCUACGUCAGAAGUACGGAUACUGCCUUUGGUGCAACGGAGUCACUCAUGUGACCGCACAAUGCCCCGAAAAGGGCAAGGCACCCGUACCCCUUUGCCACCGUAACAAGGGUCGAUCUCGAGUCCCCUUCGGCGAACUGAAACCGUUGCCGAUUCCUCGGGCACCACGCCUCUCCAUUGCUAUGGACGUAACAGACCCGUUUCCCCGCGAUCGCCACGGCCAUGACGGUAUUCUCACGGUCGUUGACCGCUUCAGCAAGUAUGCUCGCUUCCUUCCUUGCAAGUAUCAUGCUGCAGCACCUGAGCUUGCACGACUCUUGCACACCGGUUGGAUUACCAACCAGGGUGUUCCGGAAGAUAUAGUGAGCGACCGAGAUACUCGCUUCAUGUCGGCCUUUUGGACUUCUCUCAUGACUGAGUCCGGCACGACAAUGAAGCCAAGCUCGGCUCGGCACCCGCAGACGGAUGGUCAGACGGAGCAAGCGCACCAGACCGCUCAGAUGAUGUUGCGUAUGCUUAUCCGUCCCGACCAGAAAGAUUGGGUUGACCGGCUUCCCGACAUUGAGUUCGCCUACAACACUUCGGUGCACCCGGCGAUCUGCGUCACACCAUUCGAGCUACAUCAUGGUGGAGUGAAAGCACGGAUCUUCGCUGAUCUCCUUUUGCCACAGGCUGCCGACAUAGACGUCCCUUGCUCUCCUGCUUCCGUCUGGAAGUACCGGGACUUGCUGAUCAAAGCCCACGUAAAUAUGCAAAAGGCUCAGAUCCGCAUGCAGCAGCAGGCUAACCGACGUCGACUCCCAUGUCCUUUCCGCGAGGGAGACCUUGUUUGGGUCCUCUACGAGGAAUUUGUGCUCGAGCAGGAUGUUUCGCGCAAACUCCUUCCGAAAUGGUUCGGACCAUGGGAAGUCACUUCUGCCGUUGGAGACGACCCCGCAGGUCCUUCCUUCGUGAUCAACAUUCCACUGCACCUGACAGUGCAUCGGGUCUUCCACGCAUCGAAGCUGGCCAUCUACACGCCACCUUCAGCUGACGAGUUCCCCGGACGUCGAUCACAGGAUCCGCCUUCUAUGGACGGACAUGAGGAAGUUGACCGAGUCAUCACGCACCGCAAGUAUGGCAACAAGCCAAGGCAGUACAAAGUCACAUUCAAGCAAUGUGCGCCUGAUGACACUCGGUGGAUCUCCAGUACAGAUUUGCAGACUUCUGCACCCCUCAUACUCGCCGACUAUGAGAAGCGACGCCUUGCUAGGGACGCAGCUCGUCCUGCCCGACCCACCCCGGUAUCGGACAGAGAACUUCACCCUCGCAGGUAGCUCGGUCUUUUAAGAGGGGGAGUGUGUUACAUCUUCGACGCACACGGGCCCUACCGGACCCGGCUUAGGGUCGGAGGGACACAUCAGGGCCUAAAGGCCCGACCUU